AUGCCGUCCAAGUCAAACUGGUUCUCUCAUGAAGGCUUCACAGCCGAUGUAUUCGGCAAACUCCUCCAACGGACUAUCCUCAGCCCCUGGAAAGUCGUCCCGCUCGUCCUCCUAGCGCACUACACCGAGCAGGGGAAAACCCUCGCCCAACAACAUCCCCGCCUCCUCCAAGCCGCGCACGCCCUCGCCUCGCUGGCCGUCAUCCGCCGCGCCAACGCAGCCCUCAACCGCCGCGCCCUCAACAACGGCGUCUCGGACCGCUAUGACUGGAACCGUGAAGUCGUCGUGCUCACUGGCGGUAGCAACGGUAUUGGAAGACAGAUUGCGCGUCUGCUAGGCGAUAGGGGUAUCAAGGUUGCUAUCUUGGAUAUUCAGCCGCCGCAGGAUGCGGCUCUCCUGCCCUCAACGGUGCGCUUCUACGAGUGCGAUAUUACGGCCCCGGCGGCCAUCGCAGACGUCGCAGCCACAAUCCGCACAACAAUGGGCGAGCCGACCAUCUUGAUCAACAAUGCAGGCAUCUGCAGCGGCCGCACCAUCCUCGGCUCGAGCGAGUCCCAAACCCGCCUCCAGUUCGAGGUCAAUACGCUAUCGCACUACUGGCUCACCCGGGAAUUCCUCCCGCACAUGGUCCGCUCCAACCACGGCAUGGUCGUCACCGUCGCGUCCCAAGCAGGCUACACGACCACCCCCAACAUGGUCGAUUACUCGGCCACCAAGUCCGCCGCGAUAUCCUUCCACGAGGGGCUCGCGGCCGAGCUGGUAACGAGGUAUAGUGCGCCGCGGGUGCGCACCGUGCUGGUGACGCAGGGCUUUGCGCAGACGGCGCUGAUUAGUCGGUUGACGCCGGAGGAUACGUGGUUUAAUCCGCUGCUGCAUCCGGAGACGGUUGCUGAGGCGCUUGUGGAGAAGGUGCUUGAGGGACGGAGUGGGCAUGUUGUUGUGCCGGGGUCGAGUGGGUGGGUGGCGAGGAAUUUGAGGAGUUUUCCCGGGUGGUUUCAGCAUGCGUUGAGGGUGCAGUUGGAGAGGUUGAUGAGGGCGGAGGAUUGA